AAUGAUGGCAGAGUAGCGUGCGUUAUAUCUUUUCUGUAGAGUGUAGUAUAUUGUCAUUUUUUGUGGUGACGAAUAACGAAACGAUUUCUGCUUUCAUUUCACAUGAUUCAGUCACUGUAAUCUGUAUGAAUUCAGAGAUUUGCUUAUAAGUUCUACGUUAUAGUUACUUCUUUGCAUAAAUUAAACUGUGUCCUAACUUGUGUAAUAAUUACUUGUUUAAUUAAUAUUUCACUCAGACUAUCCGUAUACUAUUUUGUACAUAUUGAAACCAUUAAAUCUGAGUGUUGAGGAAUAGAAAAUGAAUCCAUACCAGGGACCGCCACAAUAUCUACACAAUAUUGGAUUUACGAACAACGCUCCACAAUCUUUUGGGAAUCCUUUGCCAAUGCCAGGAUUCCCAACAAUGGGCUAUCCGGCACCCCAGCCGGGUUACCCAGCUGCAACCCCUGGUUACCCUCAAUCUAACUAUCCCACUCAAGGAUACCCUCAGCAGAAUUCAGGGUACCCUCAACAAAAUCAGGGGUACCUCCAACAAUCUCAGGGAUAUCCGCAACAAUCUCAGGGUUAUUCUCAACAAUCUCAGGGUUAUAGCCAACCAUCUCAGGGUUAUAGCCAACCAUCUCAGGGUUAUAGCCAACCAUCUCAGGGUUAUAGCCAACCAUCUCAGGGUUAUAGCCAACCAUCUCAGGGUUAUCCACAAAACCCAGCUCAAUCAUACCCAGGUGCUCAAGAAUCGGCUCAAACUAGAUAUCCCCAACAAGGAUACCAGGCAAGUGGCUACCCACAAUCAAACCCACAGGCAUAUGCUCAUAGUAUUCAAACUCAUCAGGCUUAUGGUGCAUCAAAUCCCAUAGCUAGUAUGCCCAAGUCUAAACCUACAGUGGUGCCUGUAAACCCCUUUGAUCCUCGCGAAGAUGCGGCAGUUCUUAGGAAGGCGAUGAAAGGAUUCGGUACGGAUGAGAAGGCCAUCAUCCAAGUACUGACACGUCGAAGCAAUGAGCAACGUUUGCGGAUAGCGUUCGAAUUCAAGACUCUAUAUGGAAAGGAUCUCGUAUCAGACCUGAAGAGUGAGACAAGCGGAAAGUUCGAGGACCUUCUAGUGGCGUUGAUGACGCCCUUGCCACAGUUCUACGCCAAAGAGCUGCAUGAUGCAACAGCUGGUAUUGGUACAGAUGAGGAUGUCCUCAUUGAAGUCAUGUGCACUAUGUCCAACCACGAAAUUCACGUCAUCAAGCAGGCAUAUACCGCAAUGUAUGGAACUUUGUUGGAGGACGAUCUUCGUGGAGAUACAUCAGGAAACUUUAAGCGUCUCAUGACAUCAUUGUGUAUGGGCAACAGAUCUGAAGAUUUUCAUAUUGAUCAAGAGAGGGCGAGAGAAGAUGCUAGAAGCCUGUUGCAGGCGGGUGAACUCCGUCUGGGCACUGACGAGUCGAUAUUCAACGCUGUGCUCUGUUCCCGUUCAUUCCCGCAACUGGCGGCCAUCUUCCAGGAAUACCAGUUCCUGACAGGACACGACAUCGAUGAUGCCAUCAAGGCUGAGUUCUCGGGCGACCUUGAGAAGGCGCUUCGUGCUAUCGUGAAGGUAGUUCGCAACAAGCCGCUGUUCUUCGCGGAGGGUCUUCACAAGUCUAUGAAGGGUCUUGGUACUAACGACAGGCAAUUGAUCCGUAUUAUGGUCACCCGCUGUGAGGUUGACCUGGGAGACAUCGCCGAGAUGUUCCAGGCCAAGUAUGGAGAGUCUCUACAGAGCUGGAUCGAGGGUGACUGUUCUGGCCACUACAAAAAGUGUUUCUUGGGAUUAUUAGGUUUAUACUAAGCAUGUUUUCUCACAAAUUUGAUUAUAAAUAACUUUAUUUUUUUAAACAACAGA